AUGAAUAUGAACGAAAUGAUUUCAAUUUUCGUCUUUUUUAAUAAUAAUAAUAAUAGUAUGAGUAAUGAAGAGAAAAAGAGAAUCUUUUUUGGUGCAAUCCAAGCAAAUAAAGUAACAACUCAAACAACUAGUGAACAGCAGCAACAACAAGAUGAAGAUCAACAAGACGAUCAACAACAACAACAACCAGAAUUCUUACCAUUUUCAAGAUUUACAAAAGAAUCACAAGAAAGACAUGGUAAAGCAUUGGAAGAUUUUGAAAGAAAAAAGAGAUCAAAACAUGUUAUAUUGCCAACAGACGAUGCAUUGGUAAAGAUGAAGUUGAGAGAAUUGAGUGAACCUAUUAUAUUGUUUGGUGAAAGACCAGAUGAAAGAAGAGCACGUCUAAAGGAUAUAUGUAUAGAUAGAAACAUUGCAAAUGCCAACCCUUUGGCCAUUCUAAAAAGAGAGGGUGAAGAGGAAAAGGAGGAAGGUGAGGCGUUUUUGACAGAAGGUUCACAAGAUUUGAAAUUGGCUCGUCUACAUAUUGCAGAAUACUCGAUAAAGGCUGCUUCAUUGCGUAUAAAGCGAGCUAAAUUGGAAAAGGAAAAGGAGGCAGUCGUAUUGGCUGCAAACAAGGAUAUAUUGGAUCCAGAGAAAUGGCAAAAGACAGAAUUGGAAAUAGAGAUUACAGAGGAAAAGGAAAGAUACAAACAAUUUACAAUGGCAAGUUCAGAGAUGGGUGAUGAACGUCAACUUUCAGUGGCUGUCUUUUCGCCGCUCGAUUCGGGGGUUGUGGCAACGUCGUCGUGGAGUGGUGUCUCCAAGAUAUGGAAGUUGAGCGACAGCUCGAUUGAAUGUACAAAUAUAAUGGUCGAUCAACCAAACCCGAUCGCUGUCUUUGACUCUACGAUACACACCGACUCUGUGAACCGUGUCGCCUUUCAUCCGAUGGGACGCCACCUCGCAACAAGUUGCAGUGAUCGGUCGUGGCGACUCUUUGACAUUGAGACCAAGCAGACACUACUCGACCAAGAAGGACAUGGUGGCGCCGUCUUUGGCAUAGCCUUUCAACAAGACGGCUCGCUGCUGGCGUCUGGCGCAACCGACCAACUUGUCCGCUUGUGGGACAUGCGUAGUGGACGUCCCAUACACUAUUUCAGAGGACACGCCAAACAAGUUAUAUCGGUAGACUGGUCACCCAACGGCUACCACGUUGCCAGUAGCUCAGAAGACAAUACCGUGAUUGUCUGGGACAUUAGAAAAAAAGAAAAACUACAUCAAAUCCUUGCCCACUCUUCCAUUGUCUCGUGUGUCAAAUUCCAACACUCUCCCAAUCAUUCAGCAGCCUCUUUUCUCGCCACCUCUUCCUUUGACAAUACCGUUCGUCUUUGGUCCCCAAUCGAUUUCUCCCCAGUCUCUAUUCUUCAAGGUCAUUCAAGCAAGGUAACCUCUGUCGACUUUUCUCUUGAUAAUUCUAAAUUGGUUUCUUCUUCUUUUGAUAAAACUUGGAAAGUUUGGUCAAAAUAA